AUGGCUGCGACAGCAUCCAAGCAUGUACAACUAGCGCUGGCGCUGCCGGCGCGGCUGCGCACCUUCCUCGCGCGGUAUCCUCCGCCCUCGAUCCUCCCCGCGGGCGCCGACCCCGAGACGUACAAGACGGCCUACCAAGAAGAGACGCCGAAUCCGUUCCUGCCCACGAAGCACCCCGUCACGGGCAGGUGGCACAAUCCGAAAUACUCGCUGCGGCGCCAGGCCGAGCUGGUCAAGCUGGCGCGCGAGCACGGCGUCGAGGAGCUGCUGCCCUACACCCCCAAGGGCACCGAGGCCAGGUUACGGAAGCGCGUCGAGCUGGGUCUGCGCGUCAAGGGUACCGGCGUGGGCCAGAAGGUCAAGGGCCACAAGCACGAGAGGCAGCUGGAAGCCAAGUACGUCUGGGAUGGAGAAGAGGAGAGAGGCUAUGUUGGCGAUGCCGGAGCUCAUCAAGGAAUGGAAGAAGGGGUAACACCACCCCCUGCCCUACAGAUCACAAUGGCCCCAACUUACUACGAAAUCCUCAACCUCUCCCCCUCCACACUCUCCUCCGCCCCGGACCCCGCCACCGCAACCGCCAUCGUCAAGCGCGCCUACCGCCUCGCCCUGCUCCGCCACCACCCCGACAAGGCCAAACAACAACAACAACACCAUCACCACCACCACCACCUUCCUUCCUCCCCCUACCACCCCCAACCUGGCCUCGUCGCCAAACCCACAAAAGAAGGGACCUUCACAAUCGACCAGAUCGCCGCGGCCUACGCGACGCUCUCCGGCGCGGCGCAGCGCGCCGCCUACGACCGCUCGCUGGCCGCAUCCACAUCCACAGGAGGGAGGAGUGGGGAUGGCGACGGCGCGUGGUCGGCGGGGUUCCAGACGGGCAUCGAGGACGUGGACCUGGACGAUCUCGCGUGCGAGGACGGCGCCGGAGAGAGGUAUGGGGAUGAGGAUCGGGAUGGGAAGAGGAGCGGGCAGGAGGAUGGCAGCGGGCGCGGGGGUGGCGCGGCAGCGACGGCAACGAUGACGAUGACGAGGUGGUACCGCUCGUGCCGGUGCGGCAAUCCGCGCGGGUACCACUUCACCGAGGCCGACCUGGAGGAGGCGGCGGACCUGGGCGAGCUGAUGGUGGGAUGCGCGGACUGCAGUCUGUGGUUGCGGGUCCACUUCGCUGUUCUUGAAGAUGAUGAUGAGGGAAACCACGACAGCGAUGGAGAUAAUCAUGGGCAGGAGGAGGAAGAUGGGGUUGGUAGGGAUGGUUGGAGUGCUACCUCAGCAGACGAUGGUAACAAUGAGAGGUGACAGCUGUGUGAG